UUUCUAUGAAGAAUAGUCCGUGUCUGAAUAUAUACUACAGACCUGCAUCGCCCGUCGACGUACACACACACACACUAAAACAAUCUUUCAUUUCGAAAUUAUUCAUUAUUAAUUACUCCCUAAUUUGCACCAUUUCUACGGUGUAAAAAAACACACACACACACACACAGAUGGGUGCAGUAAACAUAUGGAACGCCAUUGAAAUCGCUGAUAAUAAUAAUAGUAGCAGUAAUGAGAAUGAACAAGCUGUUGUUUUCCGUUCGUCACUAACUGUCGACCAUUCUCUUCCCAUUCCUGAUAUCAAACCUCACCUCGUAAAGCUUCUCAAGGACCUGUUCAAGAAAUGGACAAAUUUGGAUGAAUCACACUUUUUUGCUGAGAAAGUGUCUGGUGGCAUUACAAAUCUAUUACUGAAGGUAUCUGUAAAGGAAGAAAAUGGAAAGACGGAACAUGUCACAGUUAGACUCUAUGGUCCAAAUACUGAUUAUGUUAUCAAUCGUGAAAGGGAACUGCAGGCCAUUCAUCACCUCUCGGCUGCAGGGUUUGGUCCCAAAUUGCUAGGAGUUUUCAAAAAUGGAAUGGUGCAAUCCUUUAUAGAUGCCCGUACUCUAAUUCCGUCAGACAUGAGUAAGCCUAAGUUAGCUGCUGAAAUUGCAAAACAGCUGAAAAGUUUCCAUCAGGUAGAGGUUCCAGGAUCUAAAGAACCACAGCUGUGGGAUGACAUCUGGAAAUUUUUUGAAAGGGCAUCUGGUCUUACGUUUGAUGAUCCUGAGAAGCAGAAGAUAUAUGGACAAAUUUCAUUUAAAGAAGUAUGUGACGAAAUUACUAAGCUCCAGGAAUUGACAGGUCGUCUUGGUGCUCCUGUUGUGUUCGCUCAUAAUGACUUGCUUUCAGGGAACAUCAUGUUAAAUGAGGAUAAAGAGAAACUUUACUUCAUAGAUUUUGAAUAUGGAUCAUAUAGCUAUAGAGGGUUUGACAUCGGAAAUCACUUCAACGAGUAUGCUGGCUAUGAUUGUGAUUACACCUUGUUCCCAUCCAAGAAUGAACAGUAUCAUUUCUUCAGGCAUUAUUUAAAUCCUGACGAACCAAAUGAGGUAUCGGAUAGCGAUCUUGAAGCCCUCUAUGUUGAAACUAGCUGCUACAUGUUGGCCUCACACUUGUUUUGGGCUUUAUGGGCUGUGAUCCAGGCAAAAGUGUCACCAAUUGAUUUCGAUUAUCUUGAUUAUUUCUUCUUAAGAUACAAUGAAUACAAGAGGCGAAAGAACGAGUGCUUCACUCUGGCCAAGUCAUACCAUUGUCGACCUAAUACCAUGUAAAAUCCUCUUUCCAGCCACAUAGAUACACACCACUGUACAAACACUUCUGGCAACACAGGCUCUAAAUAUUCAUAUUCAUGCUGAACAUUUUUCUCUAUUCGAAGAAAUCAGAGGUCUACACUCUACACGAACUUGAAUAUAACUGUAAACUUUUUACGUAAUCAUGCACUCUGUGAUAAAAAUAAUAUGAUUGUAGUUGUGUGAUACAUAUCAAAGGUUAAGGUUGAAUGACGAUUAAAAUUGUUAGCAUAC